AUGAUCCCCUACCUGGCUAUCCUGGCUAUCCUGGGCUCCCCGGCCAUGGCCCAGGGCACCAGAUACGCCUUCCAGAGCGACAACAUGCUCUGCCUCGGCGGGAUGAACGAGGACGAUGGCCUCAAGAUGAAGGUCGCCGAGUGCUCGGAGAACCAGAGCUUUGACAUCAACUUUGGCGAGACCCAGGUCAAGGUCAACCACGACGACCACGACAAGUGCCUCGACGCCGGCUGGGAAGCUGCCGAGGGUUCCCAGCCCACCUUCCAGGAAUGCAAUGGGGCCGACUCGCAGAAGUUCUUCUUCACCAACGACGGUCGUAUUGCCCUCAUGGACCGCGGACUUUGCAUCGACGCCGAGGACUUCCACGUCGAGCUCGACAAGAACAUUGUCCUCAACACGUGUCACGACGGCCAAGCAUCCCAGGGUCUCGUACAGGUAUCGGGCGACUCUUCUUCCGACCCCACUGGUCCUAGCGAGGAAGACCUUGUGAACGGUGGCCCAUGGAAGAUCCCCACCGCAGUCAACAGCGAGAUGUGUCUCGACGAGUACAACGACAAUAUCGAGGUCCGUCCAUGCACCUACGGCGACACAAACCCAUGGUACAUGUUCAAGGGGGACACGCAGAUCCGCAGCGCCGACGCUGGCAACACGGACAAGUGCCUCACAGCCAUCGGCGUAGUCGACGGCCAAAUCACGGAUGGCGCUCAGUUGAUGUUGGAGACGUGCCGCAAUGGCGAUCCCAACCAGAUCUUCAACUGGACCGACGACAACCGUCUCGCUCUCCGCGACUCGGGCCUGUGUAUUGAUGUCCCCGACGCCAACGCCUGGCCUGGCGCCCCUCUCCAGCUCUGGACUUGCGGCGACGGCAACACGGCACAGGAGUGGCCGGUCGAGCUGGCCACCUCGGACUCGCCCAGCCAUAGCGGCCCCAACUUGAAGGGCUCGUUCCAUGGCCAACAACUCGAUUAUGAGGAUCAGUCUACGGACACGUCUGCUACCCAGGACGACAACACCGACCACCGCUUUCUCUGCCCCAGCCUCCUCUUCCACAAGGACAAUUCCAACAAGUGCCUAAUCUGGAACUUCUUGGACAGCAACAAUAUCAACAUGGUCGACUGUUCCCGAGACAAGGUCGGAUGGACGUACGACGCCACCACCACCAGCUCUACUCAGAUCAAGCUUGGCGACUCGUGUCUGACCGCCGACCAAUCCGACCCCAACUCGAUGUCCGUCUACGUGACUGACUGCGACGACAACGACGGCGACCAGAAGUUCACCGUGGACGGAGACCACAUCAAGCUCGAAUACACAAACAUGUGCCUUGACGUCAACUUCAAGGACCGCUGGACAUCCCAGGGUGGCCGCGAUUCCGCAGAGUACAUAUAUGCCACUCCCUCCCUCCUUCCGUGCAACAAUGCCUCCGGCCAGUUCUGGAAGAAGCGCCCGUUGCAGCCCACUUGCACCGACGGCGACGACGCGAAGAGACGCUACGACAACACGGACGGCUACACCAAGCCUGAGCAACACCCCUGA